UUCGGAUUUAAAAUUUUUUAAGGUGCUGGCAAAUAAAUUUAAAAAAAAUGUUUCAACCUCCUCAAAGUAUAGAUUUCCCUCUUGAAGAAAAGCUUAUUUUAGAAUACUGGAGUGAAGUUAAACCUUUAGAAAUAAGUUUAGAACAAUCUAAAGAUAAGCCAAAAUAUGGAUUUUAUGAUGGACCACCUUUUGCCACUGGAAUGCCUCAUUAUGGCCAUAUCUUAGCUGGCACGAUUAAAGAUAUAAUUACAAGAUUUGCUCAUCAAAAUGGAUUUCAUGUUGAUAGAAGAUUUGGAUGGGAUUGCCAUGGAUUACCUAUAGAAUAUGAGAUAGAUAAGCUUCUUGAUAUAAAAUCUCCUGAACAAGUUUUAGAGAUGGGAAUAGACAAAUAUAAUCAUCAUUGUAGAAGUAUAGCAAUGAAAUAUUCAAAUGAAUGGAGAUAUUGUAUAAAUAGGCUUGGACGUUGGAUAGAUUUUGAUAAUGAUUACAAAACUUUGUAUCCUUGGUUUAUGGAGUCAGUUUGGUGGGUCUUCAAACAGCUUUAUAAUAAAGGACUUAUUUAUAGGGGGUUUAAGGUUAUGCCCUUUUCAACUGCCUGUCAUACACCCAUAUCCAAUUUUGAAUCUGGUCUUAAUUACAAAGAUGUCAAUGAUCCAGCUAUAACCAUUAGUUUUCCUCUCAUCGAAACUUCACUAAAUGACAAGAUUAAAGGCGAAAUGAUUAAAGUAGUAAGUUUGUUAGCCUGGACCACUACACCCUGGACUUUGAUUUCCAAUUGUUUUCUCUGUGUGAAUCCGAAUUUAGUUUAUGUCAAAGUUUUGGAUGAAACGAGUGGAAAAAUGUACAUCCUAGGUGAAUCACGUUUACCCACUUUCUUCAAACCGGGAAAAUACAAAAUUUUGGACAAAUUUACCGGCGAUCAUCUUAAAGGCAAAUUCUACGUCCCUUUAUUCCCAUAUUACGCUCACUUAAAGAAAAGAGGAUUUUUCCAAAUAUUGAACGAUACGUACGUUACCGAAGAUGCUGGGACUGGUAUAGUUCAACAAGCCCCUUAUUUCGGAGAGGACGAUCACAGAGUAGCGAUAGAAGGGGGCCUUAUUAGUAAAGAUGACGAGGAUAUAGUGUGUCCGGUCGAUGACAGUGGUAAAUAUACCGAUUUUAUAACCGACUUCAAAGGGAUGUAUGUCAAGGACGCUGAUAAAUUGAUCAUAAAACGCCUCAAAGAUGAUGGAAGACUAUUCCUGCAAGCAACGGUUAAUCACACUUACCCAUUUUGUUGGCGAUCCGACACACCUUUGAUAUACAAAGCGGUCCCUUCCUGGUUUGUCAGAGUCGAGAGGUUCAAGCAUUUGCUACUCGAGAAUAACGCUCAGACUUAUUGGGUUCCCAAUUUUGUGAAAGAAAAACGUUUCGCCAAUUGGCUCAAGGAGGCUCGGGAUUGGGCUAUAUCUCGUAAUAGAUAUUGGGGAACUCCUAUUCCUUUGUGGAUUAGUGACGAUGGUCAAGAAACGUAUUGCGUUGGUUCUAUAUCUGAGCUCGAAUCGAUAACAGGAAAAAGUUUUAAGGAUAUCCACAGGGAAAACGUGGACUCCAUCCACAUUCCUAGCCUCAGGGUCGGUCAUCCUCCACUCAAACGUGUGAAUGACGUGUUUGAUUGCUGGUUCGAAUCCGGGUCUAUGCCUUACGCACAACAGCACAUGCCAUUUUUUAUCAGCGAGGCCUACUUUCAAAACCAUUUUUUCCCCGCCGAUUUUAUAGCCGAAGGAAUAGAUCAGACCAGGGGAUGGUUUUAUACAUUACUCGUGCUGUCGACUUUGCUGUUUGGGCAACCACCUUUCAAAAAUUUGAUCGCUAAUGGUUUAGUACUUGCUAGUGAUGGUCAAAAGAUGAGUAAAAGAAAGAAAAAUUAUCCCGACCCCAUGCAUCUUAUCGACAAAUAUGGAGCCGAUGCGUUAAGGCUUUACUUGAUCAAUUCUCCGGUAGUGAGAGGAGAAUUUCUGAAAUUCAAAGAGGAACACGUGUUUGAUAUACUCAAGGAAGCCUUCUUGCCAUGGUACAACGCCUACCGAUUCUUGGUCCAAAAUAUAGAGCUUUGGCAAAAAUGCACUGGGUUGACCUACACCUUUAGCGAUGGCAAUUCGGAAUUUAAAGUUAGUAACAAUAUAAUGGACCUUUGGAUAUUGUCCUACACAAAUAGCCUUAUUCAAUAUUUCUACACCGAAAUGGAAAAAUAUCACUUAUUCACAGUAGUUCCAAAACUUAUGAAAUUCAUUGAUAACUUAACAAAUUGGUACGUUAGAUUCAAUAGGAAAAGGCUUAAGGGAGAAAAUGGAGAUGAGGACUGUAAAUUGGCGUUAGAUACCUUAUUCACAGUCAUAUUCAGUCUUUGUAGAAUGAUGGCUCCAUUUACUCCAUUCCUCACGGAAUACAUGUACCAAAAUUUGAGGAAAGUUAUUCAAACGGAACAAGGCGAACGCACUUUGAGCAUACAUCAUCUCAUGCUACCCAAAACCAACCUGAAAAUGAUCAACAAAGAUAUUGAAAAAUCGGUUGAAUGCAUGCAAACAGUAAUAGAGCUAGGUCGCUUGAUAAGAGAUCGAAAAAAUAUGCCUAUUAAAUACCCGCUGAACGAAGUGGUUAUAAUACACGAUGACCCAGAUUUCGAGAAAGAGAUUUUAUCGCUGAGGCAGUAUGUCAUCCAAGAACUAAAUAUAAAAAAGGUGACCCUGUCCCGAGAUAAAACCGCUUAUGGAGUUGGCAUGAAGGCGGAACCCGACCACAAAUUGCUAGGAGCCAAAUACAAGACUCAAUUUAAAGCUUUGGCUAACGCUGUCAAGGCUAUGACCGAAACCGACAUAAUAAAACUACAAAAGGAAGGCUCCAUCGAACUCAUACCCAAUUGUCAUAUAGUUCCGAACGAGAUCAGAAUUUUAUACUCUUUUCAUUCCAAUGGCAAUUCCGAUUCUGAAAUGGCUUCUAAUAUCGAGAAUAAAUACGAGGCUUCUUCUCAGGGUGAUCUACUCAUCCUGUUGGACAUAUCACCUGACGCUGAUAUGCUGAAAGAAGGAUAUGCCAGGGAAGUCGUCAACAGGAUUCAAAAAUUGCGUAAACGAGCCAAUCUCUUACCGCUCGAUGAAGUAACCAUACAUUACAUGCUCAUUAAGGAUGAUCCGCUCAUAAAUAUGGCUGAUAUAUUGAAUACCGAAAGCAAACAUCUGGAGUUUAUAACGGACGCUAUAAAACGAGAUUUUAAACCUAUAGAUGAAUACGCUAAUUCUGAGAAGGAAAGGAUUAUAAUCGAAGAAACUGUUCAUAUCAAAGGGUGUUCUUUACAUCUGGCAAUAGUUGGACCCUCUAAUUUAAUCGCGAAAGAUAUUUCAAAAGACACUAAGCUAGAAUCGGUGACACCUGAUAUUCCGAAAAAUAUUACAAAUGGUUGCUUAAACAUAUCUAAUAGCAACCUUGAUGAAAAAGAAACGUUGCAACAACCGUACGUCAAAUAUUUUAACGUUUUGUUUUGUAUCUAUUCAGCCAAGCAAAAAAGAUACGAUUAUGAUAUUAUUGAUAAAGCUGUCAUAUUAACUUCUCGAACAUUAACUAAAGACCGUAUAGAAAAAAAUAUUCGUACCAUCGCAAAUUCUUGGGGUCAUAAGUUGGAUAUAUUUUUCUUUUUUCCCAAUAUACCUCAAAAUUCGUUAGCUCGUAUCAAUCCAAAAUCUUUAUAUUCAGAACUAAACUCGAGCGUUUUAACCCAAAUAUUUCCCGAAAAUAUUAAUAAAGCUUCUACAUUUUCAAUCGUCCCUUGGGCAUUUAUGUACGAUGACAUAUUAAAAGCGCUUUCUGAAGAAAUUAAGCAUAAGUGUUUAGGAAAUAUUCUAGUUUGCUCGAAAAGUAUCAAUUCAGAUGCCUCCCAUAUUAAAAGAGUAUCGGGGGAUAUUAGUGAAAAGGUGAUUGGUGUGCAAUCGCUAUUAGUUGAAGCAAAAUCACCUUUAUGUCAAUUCGUUAAUAUACAUUUAAAUGGGGGCGACUUGAAAGACGUUAAUCGUAAAUAUACUUUGCUGAGAGAGAAUCCUAAAGGAGUUGCUACACUAUCAAACCAUUACUUGGAUGAGAAACGUUUCAUUAACGAUAUAUUGUGCAAUAUUACCGGCCUUGGUCCAGAAAAAUUGAGCCUGAGGAAAAACGAGGAGGAAAAUAUUUACGUGCUAAAGAAUUUGAACCAACUAAAUGUUGAUUUGUCCCAUAAACUUCUAAACGUGGACUAUAUGUCAUGAAUUUUAUCUAUUAUAUUUUAAUGCAUUUUAUAGUGUAAUAAAUUUUUUGGAUAAUGAAAUAUUUAAACUGUUAUAACUUGCAUUUGGUUUUCUACAUAUUAUACAUUUUCAGCAAAAUCUAUUUUUAAAAACGCGCUCAAAAAAAUGAUUUAAAUUUGAAAAAAUAACACAUUAGCCCUAAAACUGAAUAUCGAUUUAUUUAAAGAAAUGACAGUUUAUAUUUUAUAGCUAUUUUUGGUUUUCUAUUUCACUAAUAAAAUUUAAAUCAUGGUUUUAAGUAAAUUAUUUUUUGAGAUAUUAAAAAUUAAAUGGGGGUUGUAUUCUGGAUUUUCGGUUUUUAAAGGCGAGCACAUCUCAGAAAGUAAACCAAGUUGUAAAGAUAAAUUUUAAUAAUUUACUAAUGU